UACUCUUAGCGAUACAGACCGAAAAUGAGAGUUGGGCGAAUGCUGUCCUCUAGUUCUUUGGUUGUUCCCACUAAAAUAACUCGGAUAUGGGUAUUUGGCCGUCUCGGCCGUCUUUUUCUGUAGCUUUUAGUAACGGUGUGCUCACAACUCGUUUUUUCAGUGAUGACACCACUAUAAUCGCUAUUUCUGACUUGCUAAUGAACAGUCCAAAGAAAUAAUGAAUACUCAUCAAAAUCCCUGGAUGGGGUGGGACUAGAAUCGAAGCCUUGAAAGACUUACAAGUCUUCCUCUAUAGCGCGAUCCCGAGUGGACACUGGGGAGCCCUUUUGCUUUUUCUUUCUUUCUUUUUGCAAGGAAGGGCAGUUCGUUCAUGGCUCCAGGGAAAACAGCUAGGAAAACUGUCCGGCCCCAGCUGGAUCGCCAAUUCCUCCAUCGAUUCCUAAAGAUCCAAACAAUAUUAUUUCCUACCUUCACUUCUAAGAAUGUGCUGAUGUUUCUAACCUUGCUUGUAGUUGCUUUGUUGACUCAACUGAUCAUUUACCAGGUGGGACUGAUUCCCAGUCAAUAUUUCUCAGUUCUGGGAAGGAAAGAUCUUUAUGAGUUCAAUAAGAUGACAGCAGUUGCUCUGAUUCUCAUUAUACUCAACUCUUUGCUGAAGAGUUUAGACCAGUUUAUCUGCAAUCUGAUGUAUGUCAGCUGGAGAAAGAGUCUCACUGAAUACCUCCAUGGCUACUAUUUUCAGGGCCAAGAGUAUUAUACUCUGAACGUUCUACAUGAGGAAAUUGAUAAUCCAGACCAGAGAAUCAGUCAAGAUGUGGAGAGAUUCUGCAAACAGCUGAGCUCUAUGGCCAGUAAGCUGAUCAUCUCACCCUUCACCCUUGCUUAUUACACCUAUCAAUGUUUUUACAGCACUGGCUGGCUGGGUCCUCUAAGCAUCUUUGGCUAUUUUAUCAUUGGGACAAUUGUUAACAAGUUCCUAAUGAGUCCCAUUAUUUCAAAACUGGUGCACCAGGAAAAGCUUGAAGGUGAUUUCAGAUUUAAGCAUAUGCAGCUGCGGGUGAAUGCUGAAUCCGUUGCUUUCUAUAGAGCUGGGGAAGUUGAACACAUGCGAACCAACUACAAGCUUCAAAAUCUUUUAAAGACGCAGAGGGAACUGAUGGGAAAAGAACUAUGGCUAUACAUUGGGAUCAACACCUUUGAUUAUUUGGGCAGCAUCUUGAGCUACGUGAUGAUUGCCAUUCCUAUAUUUAAUGGAGUAUAUGAUGAUCUGAAUCCCACACAAUUGAGCUCCUUAGUUAGCAAGAAUGCCUUUGUCUCAAUUUACUUGAUUCACUGUUUCAGCGUCUUAAUUGAUCUCUCUACCACAGUGUCUGAUGUAGCUGGCUACACUCACAGAAUUGGAGAGUUGCAGGAAAUAUUGCUGAACCUUUCAAAGAAGCAAAAUCAUAGUGACUCACAAGUCAAAUGGGACUUUGACAGCAUUUCUAAAGAGAAGAGGAUUUCAAAAGACACCGCUUUUGUUCUGGAGCAUGUUUCCCUUGCUGCUCCUUCCAAGAACCUGCUUAUCAAGGACCUAAACAUGAAAGUCACACAAGGGAACAAUCUCCUGAUUACUGGGAAUACAGGCACAGGAAAGACAUCUUUGUUGCGUAUUCUCGGAGGCCUAUGGAAGUGCAAGCAGGGGGAAGUCCACAUGCUGACUUCCUUUGGCCCCCAUGGAGUAGUGAUCAUACCUCAGCGUCCUUUCUUCACAGAUGGAACACUGCGGGAACAGAUUAUAUACCCUCUAAAGGAAAUCUAUCCAGAUUCUGGGUCUAUAGAUGAUGACAGGAUACUCAGGUUCCUGGAGCUGGCUGGACUGUCAGACUUGUUAAUGAGAACAGGAGGUUUGGACCAGCCUGUCGACUGGAACUGGUAUGACAUUCUUUCACCAGGUGAGAUGCAAAGGCUGUCAUUUGCUCGCCUGUUCUACUUACAACCCCAGUAUGCAGUGUUAGAUGAAGCUACAAGUGCAUUGACAGAAGAUGUAGAGAAUGAGAUGUAUAGAAUCUGCAUCCAACUGGGAAUGACUCUGGUCAGUGUGGGCCAUCGCAAAAGUCUGGAAAAGUUCCAUAGCUGGAUUUUGAAACUGUAUGGAGAAGGAAAAUGGGAGCUAACAAGAAUUGAGAAACCCUGAACUAUUCCCAAACCAAUCACAGAAAAUAUUGGAGUUAAAGUCUCAAGUUAAAGUGCCUUGGAAUCAGCAUGCUUUAAUGGAGAAACUAUGGUUUGAAAGUUCAAAAUUACAAGUGCCAAUAAUGGUUUCCAAUUAAAAAAAAAAAACCAUGGGGAUGAAAUUUUUUAACCAUUUCUUAUCUUAUAAAUUUGUUUCCAAUCCAUUGUUUUGAUUGCUGUACCCCUUACACAACCUUUCAUCCAGAAGGGAAAGAAAGAAUAAUUUUGUUUUAUCUGUGGAAUUCAUUGUGUGAUUGGAAUUAAAGUUCUGCCUAACUGGAAUUAUGUGGCCUAUCUACAUAAGGACGGUGAAUGUAGCACAGUCUCUUUGACUAUAAUUUACAUCAAGGUUGGAGCUAAAGCUUCCCGAGUAGAAGGAAGAAAGAGGCUGUGUAAUUUCUAUGAUCUGCCCUCUAUAUUUGGAGUUGCUAGCAAAUGGAUCAAAUAUCUUGCCCCUAGACCUGUUCAGUCAGACUGUUUAAAGAUUUUAUUUGAUG